UUCAGCUGCUGUUUAGACGUACAGUGUUAAGCAGUUAUUUCUUUACCAGCCAACACUGUAUUUGGAGAAAAUACAAGUCUUAAGACACAAGAGAAUUAUCAGGCAACAUCUUAUGUGAUUAUGGCAGCAUCCCAGAAGAUUGCUUUGAAAGAGAUGCCUGAUAGCCCAGCAGUCUCCCCAGGAUUUGGUUCAGCAACAUUGGGAAACCUGCAACAGAGUCAAAAGAACAGCACUGAGAAUCUGAGAGGAAACCUAAGAAACUAUAGUGAAAGAAGGGAGGAUUUUAAUAGACAGGACUCCUAUGGUCACGAUGACGGACCUGAAAUGAGGAAUAUAAGCAAAAACAGUCCAUGUCCUGGAUUCACACCUAACCAGAGUUCUGAAUGCUGCAUCAGUAAUGCUAAAGAAAAAUCUAGGCAUCUCCUAACAGAACAGGGUGAUCCUACAGAGAAUGUUUCUUUUCGUUCUUUGCAAGACAAAUCUUUAUAUUCUUGUCAUUCUGAAGAACCAGAAAAUCAAUCAUCAAAUACAGGUAGACAGAGUGGCCUGAAACAAGCAGAGAUGCAACAGCAACGAAUUGAUUUAGAGACAAUCGAUAAUGUCAUAGGAGAUGAGCUUGAUGGUAAAUCCUCUUCUGGCCAUCACUCUUGUAAUCAUGCUCCAGAAAGCACAGCCCCAGAGAAACAUGUUCCAUCACUUUUACAGAAUCCUGUAAAAUUACCCGAUACAGCAGCAGAAAGAAUCUCUUGUUUAAAUCGGUCCAGUCCGAGGAGGUCACAGUCAGAGCAUUCUCUUACUGAAAGCAAUAAUGAAAUAAAGUCUAAGUUGCAGCCCGUAUCUUGCAGCAAAAGUGUUGAGCAAUUAAUUAGUACACCGAUUGAGACUACCGCUUCCCAAUUUUCCCCCUCCUCCUCCUCGUCAUCCUCACCUUCCAUUUCCUCACUGAUAGAAGGCAGAACUCUGGGGUCGGAACAAAACAAUCACUAUAUAGAUUCCAGUAAUGCCUCCAAGCCCAGCAUACCACCAACUGGUGGCAACAUGCCCACCCAAGCUGAGGUAGGUGAUAUCUUAUUACAUUCUGACAAUAAAAUGUCUCUAAUACUUGUCAAAAGGAAAGGUCAAGGCAGAAAUUGA